AUGCCUCCAAAAUUAGAUCAGAUGACUAAAAAGGCUACCAGAUUAUCAUUGGUAAGAUAAAAAUUUACCCCAACAUUUACUUAUUAAUACAUUUUUUAUGAAAUGAUUAGUCACAGCCUAUUCAAAAAAAACCAUUCAAUAAAGAACCUUCUAGACGCCAAGUAAAGAUAGCUAAACCUGUGGAUGAUAAUAUUGGAAUUUUAUCCAAUGAACCUGUUAAACCAGACGAUCAACUAAAAUUAACUGAUGAAGUAACUAUUUGUAUUUGAUACCUAUAUAAUAUAUAUAUUUUUUUUAUUUAUCUGACAAAAUAAAAAAUUAUAAUAAUAUUUAAAACAUUAAAAGAAAAAAUUAAUAAGUUUUAAUAAUUAAUAGGAAACUUAGGAAUGUACGUUUUUAUGGUUUAAUGACUGAUAUGAAAGAAACAAUAUUUAAUAUUAUGAUUGUUUGAGAAAUAUUUGUUGUAACUCAAAGGUCAACUCAUUGAUUGUUUAACUUUAUUGUCAAAAAACAAUUCAAUUUUAAUUGUAUUCUAAAAAUUAACACAAUUUAAGAAUUAUAAUAAUAUAGUUUCCUAUUUUUCAAUUAUAAAUUAAAUUUUUAAGUAUUUUGACUAUUAAUAAUAUUCAAAUCUCAUAUUUAUAUUAUUACUAUAGUCUUCUAUAACUGAAAUUUUAGAAUAGUUUUGUAAAAAAAAAAUAUAGUUCUCAAUAGUUUUAAUUUUAGGUAAUAGUUUUUCUUCUAUUGAAUGUUAUUAUUCUGAGAAUAAACUAAAUGCUAUAAUAUUAAAUCUAAAUUUUUACUAUGCAGUGAAAGUAGGUAUAUACUUAUGCUGAAUUUAGUAGUUCAGUGUUAUAUUUUGUUUUUCUGAACCAAUGAUUUCUUUAUUUACUUUAAUAUUUAAACAAUUUAACUAUUUACCGUUGGCCAUUAUUUGAAUCUAAUUCAUCUCAUACUUCAUAGAUAUUUUACUUUUACAUAGUUAUGAUAAAGUAAAUAAAGAUUUGAUAAUAAUACCCACUUUAACCACUCAAUGAACAAUAAUAUGCACUUUCAUAAAUUUUUUAAAUAAUUAUACCCAUAUGAAGAAAGUUUAUAUUCAUAGGCAUUUUUUAAUUUCAAGCAAAACUCAUUACUUUAAUAUGAAUAAUUUAUCACGUUAUACUUUUUACUAAAAAAUAAGUAAUUAAACUUAUAAUUGUAUUGGUUGAUAUCUAUUUUACCUAUUUAAUAUUUUGUGAUAAAGAAGUUGACAUUUCUUUUUAAAAUAUUUACUAUUUUAUAUUUGUUUCUCUUUAUUUAUAUUUAAUAAUUAGUAGUAUUCAUUAUUUUAUUUAUACAUGUUAGAAAAUAAUAACGAUUUUUGUAAACAUACACGUUAACAGUAUUUUUGUUUUUUUUUUAGGAAUUGGAUGAACUAAUUAGUAAUGUUUUGCAAGUUGUAGAACCAACAGAAUCAACUGCCCGUGUAGUUUAUAAUUAUAAAGAUGGAGCUUUUAUUCCUUAUACAAAUAGUUUUCCAUUUAUCACUCUGAUUGAAUUGAAAUCUACAUUAGUUCAUCGUGAAUCAAAAAAUGAAUAUUUACACACUGGUAGACCUUUUUUUAAACUAUAAUUUGAAUAGCUCAUAUUCAUAUCAAAAAUAAUUUUGUAUUUAGUGAAUUAAUUCUUUUGGGGUAUCCUGGGAUUUUGCUAUAAAGUAAAAGCUUAUACUAAUUUAUAUUUAUAGAGUUAAUUUCAGAUCUCAGAGGCAACAAUAAUGGAACUAAGCUCCUAGAAGUAAAAGAAGAAACUUACCAAGAUAAAGAAGAUCAUGCGACUGAUAUGGAUGAAAAUGUUGAACAAAUCCAUGAAGAAGUAGAAGAAGGAGAAAGUGAAGGCGAAGGGGAUUUCCCCAAUGACGAAAGAGAUGGGGGAGACGAAAUAGACGAAGAAAAAACAUCAAAACCUAAGGCUGCAUCAGAUUCAGACGAAGAAGCACCAGAAACAAUAAAAGAAGAAUUUAAGACUAAUACAAAUUUAUCAACCAAACAAAAAUGUGCACCCAAAAAGCUUAUGAAUCAAUUUAAUUUCUUUGAAAGAUGUGCUCUAACAGAAGAAAUAAUUUUAAGAGUAUUAUCAUUUAUUGGUUUUUUUGUUUUGUGUUUGGUUAACUCAGAGUUGGGCAAGAUACUUCAAUAUGAGUAUCUAGAUACUCGAUACUAGAUAAUGUAACAAGUAUUGCAAUAUAAGAUAUACCGGUGGCAUACCAAGGAUUUAUUAAUGGGAGGAGCUAAACUAUUAAAUGUUGUUUUUUAGAUUCUGAGUGAAGGUGUUUAUAUCUGGUUUUUUCACAUUAUUAAGAAAAAUACUAGGAAAAAAAAUACUUCCUCAAUGCACCAACUAAACAACAUUUUUUAUCAGAUUUUCUUUAGUGGUCUAAAGUUGACUGAAACAAAUUUUCUGGUCGAAAACUCGUAGGAAAACAUAUUGUUAAUAUAAAUAUAUAUAAUUUAUAUGUACCAAUUUAUAAUCAUAAGCACCACUCCAUCAGCAUACAAUCUGAAUACUGGAAGCAGCUAAUGCUUAUAUCAUUUUUCUGAGAUACACGAUACUUAAAUUUUAUAUAUUCAGUAGAUACAUUAAAUUUAGACUAUUAAUUAAUUUUCACGCAUACAGUACCAAAUUACUAAAAUAAAUGAGGUUUUUAAUUUUUUUAAAACAUUUUUCGAAUUUUUCAACAAUUGACUUAUUUUCGUACCAUCUAUUUUUUAAUGUAUUUUUGAUACAUUGAUUUUAGUUUCUAUCACAGUGCAUAACACUUGAUUUUUUCCAGAAUUGUAUUGUGAUACAAAAUACAAUUGUAUCUAAAAUAGGUACUGCCCAACCCUGAGAUAGGUAGGUACAUUCUAAUAUGUAUACAUAAUUUUGUGUAUUAGGAUAAAGAAGUUCAAACUACACCACCAAUGAAAAAUGAUUUUUGUACGUAUACGACACAGUGGAUAAUUUAUGAUGCAUAUAAUGAAGACUACUUGAAGCAACAAGAAGAAAAAGAAAAAGAAAAAAAAGAUAAAAUAGUUGUUCAUGGAAGUAAAAAAAGUACUUAUAAAAAUAAAAAAUACGAUGUAACUGAAGAUCAAACUGAAAAAAGUAUGUUGAUGGCCGCUAAAUUUCUUGAAAGAAUAAUCAACUUGAAUGCAAUGGAUGCCAUAGCUCAAGGUAUAUAAUAAUAUAAUCUUAUAUUGUUGAUUUAUUUUUACAUUAUUUAUAAUUUAGAAAUAUUACUGAACUUUGUCCAUUUAAUGAAUUCUCUUUAGAUUUUCGAUAUUAUGAGGAUCCUUCUGAUCAGUUUAGAGGUAGGGAAGGAACUCUACUCCCAUUGUGGACAAUGACUUAUGACAAAGCUCACAAUUUGUAUGUAACUGAUAUUAGUUGGAGUCCUGAUUAUUUCGACUUGUUUGCUGUUACAUUAGGAACUUGUAAGUAUAUAUUUUUAUAAUAUACAAUAUAAUCAUAAAUAAUAUAUAAGGGUUAUUAAAACUACAGUCUAUAAGAUUUUUUUCUUUACGGUGUUGGUAAAAUGGUGCCCCUCUCGCCCAGUGCAUCGCAAGGUGCACUGCAAUAGCCACCACAACGACCUGUAAGGGUCGGUGUGAUCUGGUUCACCGGGGGGGGGGCGUCGGGCUAACAAGCCGACCUUGUAAAAACAACUUCUUUCAUAAUUUUAAUGAAUUAACAGUAAACCUAAUAAAAACUGUAGGUGAAGUAGACACUUAAACAGAAAAGAAAACUUUAAAUAAGUAGAUUUUAAUAAUAAAUAAAAAUGUGUAGUUGAUUCAUAUUACAUUUACUCUAUAACCCAUGUACAUCAUCUUAUUUUAUAAUACUUCCUCAUUUACUUUAACCCACUCAAGUAGUGUCAGCUACUCUUAUUUUCGUCCUUCAUAGUCCACAUCUUACUAUACAUCAUCGUUUAAUAUUAUCUAUCUACUCCAUUAUUUAAGACCAUCGUUGUUUCUAACAUUAACUCUAUUAAUAAAAAAUAUUCGGUUAUUUUAUUGAAUGGCAUAAAACAGGAAUAAAAUGCCAUCGCUUGCAGUUUACAAUAAUGGGUUUUUAAUUUUUUAUUGAGCUUGGACAUACUUUAAGAAAUUUAUAUUUAAAAAAAACAUAUCUACUAAAAGUAUUUAAAAAUACAUUGUGUUUCAUUAACUAGUGACUCAUAUUUGAUAGGUAAUUAAUAUUUUUUAAAAAUAUUUAAGUGUCUAGCUAGAUAAAGUAGAUAUAAUACUUACAAUUUUUGUUUUAUAUGUGUACUAAAAACCACUAGUUUCGUAAUAAACUAGCAUAUUCUAAAUUAGUUAUGAUAUAUAUAGUUACAUAUCCGUUUUUGUAUAGUUUAUCCUGAUUAAUAGCUUUUACAAUGUGACGAAAAUAUUUGUAUUUUAAAUUGUAGCUCAAGGUCAUUUUCCAUUAAUUGAUAGUCCAAGUGUUGGUUACGUAUGCUUAUGGUCUUUAAAGAAUCCAUCAUAUCCUGAAUAUAUAAAUCAGACACAUUGUGGAGCAAUGUGUCUAGAUUUCCAUCGAGAUCGUGGUUUUCUUUUGGCUGUUGGAUUUCAUGAUGGUCAUUUAGCCGUGUAUAAUGUAAGCUUGCCAAGUAAAGAAGCCCAAUAUAUGACAGAUUCAGUCAAUACCAAACACAUGGCUUGCGUAAGACAGGUGUACAUUUUUAUUUUACUAUUAUUUUUUUUUUAAAUUGAAUAAUCAAUAUUAUCCAACAAAAAUCGUUUGAAUUAAAACAAUUGUCUAUUUUAACUAAUGAUUUUUUAAAAUUUAAAAUAUUAACAUUUUACAUAUUAUAUUGAUUUAGGCAAAUAUAUAGAAAUACAUUAUUUUAUAUUAUACAAAUUGUAGGAACUAAUACACAGGAUGAUUCAAUAAACGUGCCAUCCCAACAUUUUUGGUUAAAUUUUGCAUAUAUUUAUUUUCUAAUUUUUGGAAUUUUUAAUUGUAAAUAAAGUCGAUAUUAUCAAAUAAUUAAAUUUUUCACAACAUUUAAGGAGUAUCUGUGGCGAUACUAACUUUAUUUUUUAAAAAGAACCUGUACUAAAAUUUUUAUAAAUAGAUGGAAUAUUAAUUGUAAUGCAUUUUAGUGUUAAAAAAUCAAAAAACAACCUUCCUAAAGUACUUCUUCAGUCAGAUUUCCUCUCAGAAAAAGUGACAUCAUUGUAAAUAGGAACAAAAUUGCUGGUAGAAAAAUUGUUCACAUAAAAAAAAAGGCCAAAAUAUUUUUCAACUAGUACCUAAUAUAUUUCACAAAUUUUCCCGUUUUUCCACCUUUUUUUUUCUGUUUUUUCAUAUCGAAAAAUGACCUUAUAGUACCACCCUAAGAAAAUUUCUAUUCAGAAAAAAGUCUACAUUGUAUGCAUCGGAGUAAGCGUUCUGGUAGAAAAAGUGUUCACAUAAAAAGAAGAAAAAACCGUCUCUGUAAAUUUAAUACAUUACUCGCUCCACUCAGAAUCUAAAAUAGGACGAGUACGUUAAAUGAAUCAUUCUGUACAGCCAUACAGGAAAUAUAGUUAUAUAACAGGGAUGACCAAACUUUUUUGGUAGAGAUCUACUAAGAAUAUAUUUUUCCUUUGAGGAUCGACUUCCUAACAAAAAUGUAUAAUUAUAAAUUACCUAAUUGUAAAUACAAUUGUCAGAAUAAACUCUGUUUAUUCAGAGUUAACACAAUUCUUGUAUUACUUGAAAAAUUCACUACAAAAUAUAUAUUAUUAUAUAUUAAUAUAUUAAGAUAAAAAUUAUCAGCAAUUGUUAUUUAUCUACUAAUUACAUAUAAAUAAAUUUUAACAAAAUGGAGAUCGACAUUUAAAUCAUCUGCGAUCGACCGUUUGGCCAUCUCUGAUAUAUAAUAAAUAUUAAGGUAUAUUAUAUUAAUUUUGAAGUAGCUAUUUUAUUUAUUUCUGAAAAAAAUGUAUUCACUAAAUUUAUAUACGUAAUAUAGGUAGUUUGGGCAAAAGAUUUGCCAGACGGUGAAUUAAAUUUUUAUUCUAUAUCUGAAGACGGUACUGUUUGUAAUUGGUUACUCAUGCAAAGUGAAAUGUCAAAAACAAUUAUAGUUACAUUAAUUUUAGAUAUAGAGCCUCAAAUAACUCUUGGUGGAAAAAGUGAAACAUUAAUUGGUAAGAAUUUAAUUUUGUUCUUCAAUAUCAUUUAUUAGAAUGCAUAUUACACAGGUACUUAUUAUAUUAUUUGGUACUAGGCAGAGGUACAACAAUUGCAUUCCAUCCUGAAAAUAAUGGGAUUUACUUGGUUGGGACUAACGAGGGCUAUAUAUUUAAGUGUAAUAUAGAAUGGAGCUCAUAUUUUAUGCAAAAAUUUAAAGCCCACGAAAUGACCAUUUGUCGAAUCGAUUAUAAUAAAUAUGACCCCAAUAUUUAUUUAUCAUGUAGUGGUGAUUGUACAGUAAAAAUAUGGGAGGAUAAAUCUGAGUAAGUUUAGUUCACGUUUUUAUAGCUUUUAUGUUGUAAUUGGUUUUCUGCAUUAAAUAUAUUGAUUAAGUACAUUUAAAACUUAAGAAUACUUAAUCAAUUAUAUCUAUUUUAUAUAUUCAUUACCGGAAAGUAUUGACACAAACUAACAUCGUAUAUCAGCCGAUAUCGAUAAUCAAAAUAUUAUUUUUUUCUAAGUCGAAAAAAUGUCUCUGAGUUAUGACAGAAUUGGGUUUUCAAUCGAUUUAUUGAUUAGUUUUAAUGUCAACUUAAAUCAAGGUUUUCAAUUUAAAAUAUCAGCUGGACAUUGGUUUUAUAAGAGUAGCAAAUAUCGAAAAAAAGUCAUAUUAUCUCGGUUCAUCACUAAUACUUAAUCAUAUAUUUUAUUAAGUCUAGUGUAAGGUACUUUUUAUAUUGGUCCAUGUGCACUCUAUCUCAUAUAGUGGUGAAUUUUGGAAUGCGGUCUUUUUUAAAUAAUUAGUUAAGCCCCAUUGAUUUUUAUUCCAAUUGGUGAAAAUUAGCUGCUUAUGUUACUUCGAUACUCCGGUUUGUGUCUGUUCAUUAAUCUCUCUAAUUUUUUUACUAUAUUGAUUUAUAAAGUGUACCUCUAUUGAUAUUCGAUCUACUGCGGAGUGUAUCAGAUGUCCUUUGGUCACCAUUCUCCAGUACCGUUUUUGGAGUUGUCACCGAAGAUUGUGAUGUAGUAUUUUAUGACUUGGACGCUGAUAAAUAUAAACACAUUUGUUGUCAACCUGUACAGUCUGACAGUCAAUAUGAGCUCUCUAAAUUUGCAUUUAAUUGGCGGAUGCCUGUUAUAGUCGUUGGCAGUUCAAAGUAAAUAUAAUAUCAAUAUCUGUUCGUAAGUUGUCAUUUAAUGUACACCUACUGAAUAAUCUAUAAUAAUAGUCACUAUGUUUAUAAUUCCUUAUAGAAGUACUGUAAUCACAUUAAAAAUGUCACCUAAUCUUCGAUUGGUAAUGAAACCGCCGAAAAAAGGUAAACAUUACACUACGCAAAUGCUGGAAUUGGAAAAAUUGCACAAAGCUUUGGAUUCUACCCGAGAACCAGAUACAUUAGCAAUAAUUGCUGACGAUGAAACUACAGAUUCAUAAAUUACCUAACGUAAAAUGUGAAUUUAAGUAACUCU